CGCUGGAGCAGUUCAGUCUAAUCCUCCCUAGUGCUGGAGGAUUGCGUUUGUUUUCGCUCUGGAUGCGCGUUCAUUUUGGCAAGGAAAUGUGCUGAUUUUGCAAGGAGAUGGAGAAUAAAGAGUUCAAGAGGUCAGAGGUCAGUGGGAAUGACCUCACCCUCAUAGACCUGGAUGACCCCAUCAAUGAAGCUGAUGUUAUGAAGGAAGUCAGAUCCCAUAAAGAUCACAGAGAGGCUGAGAGACUAACCAAGUUGGACGAGGCUGUUCUAGAGACAGAUACCCCAACUCAGUCACAGGAGGUUGAAGGAGAGAGUGAGUUGGACGAAGCUGUUGCCAUCCCAUCUCAGUCACAGGAGGAUGCAGUGGUGACAUUCACUACCGUGACCCACAAGGAUGAAACUUCCCAGACCAGCCUCACCCUCAGCAGGGGAAAGAGAAGCUACCCAGACCUACACACCUUUGUGCAGGACAUGAAGGACGACCAUUGGAAUCUGCUGAGUGAGAAUAUGCGUGCCGGGAUGAGCAGACAUGAGUUUAGUGCCAAGUGCAUGGGUAUUGUAGCAUGGGUGAUGGAGUCUACAUCCACUGUGGUUGUUCCCGCCCUUGACCUCACCAUGCAGGUAGAGCUCUCUGAUUCGCCAAGCUCUUCUGGAUCAGGAAGUAAUGAGGCAGGAGAGGUGACCUCUCUUGGCCGCAGCAUCAGAUUCAGCUGUAGUGGAGGACCCAGCAGGUGCACCAGCGCCAGAACCGCCUGCAGCACACGCACUCCCACGCCUUUCCCCUCCUCUCACAGGUGUUUGACCUCUUUGCUGAGUGAGGACAAAGAGCGAUAUGUCUCCUCACCUGAGGGUGGCGAUAGAGAGAUGAGACACAGACCACACUCAGCACCACUGAGAUCUGUGUUUGGCAUCUCUGAGGACUCUGUCUUCGACAUGGUCCAGAGCGGCCAGUCGCAGGGUGACAUCGUACCGCCGCCCAAACGGAGUAGACAGGAGAAAUACAGACCUAGCAAAAUGUCAACGGACGGCAAGUUUAUGAUGGGUAUUGUCGAGUUGGUUAUAAACCUUCUCAACUCCAGAUUGGCUGAGCUAAUGCGAAGUGUCAGUCAGGGAACUCUAGUUCUGCUGACUGGAAGUAUCUCAGCAAGUCAACAGUUUGCCCAAGAGAUGCUAAGCAUGGCGACUUCUAAGAUGUAUUCCCAUGCCAUAGAGCAUAUUGCGCUCGGCCACAAGUCUCCCCUUGAGUUAGAGAGGGAGCUUGAGGCCAUCUUGGGUCCUCUGGCUGGACAGGUCAUAGUCAUCAUCAUAGAUAGCAUCAUCAAGGCAAAAACCAACGGAGGAAAUGAGGGGAGAGCGACCAGCCCCUUGACCUAUUUUCUAACUGCCAUUUCGGCAGAAAUACAAAGCCUAGUGGUUCACAGAUCGGCUAGCAGACCAUCCACCAGACUGUCCAACAACGACCCACUGCUGAACAUUUCCAAGUCGAAGGUCUUAAGAUCAGUUCUGCUCAAAAUGGCAGAGCUCUUUGGCCAAGGUCCAAGUGAAACCUGUCUAGUUCCACUAGUCCAGAGUCAGUCCAACAACUCCAUUUCCGACUGGACUGUGAAUGCAGGCACCAUUCAUCCAAGUACAUUUCUGUCCGACAACAGAGUGACAGAAGUGUCAUCCGAUGUUGUGGAUCUUGUACUUGAGGUUUUUUGGAUAACAGGAUUUUUGGAUAACAGGAACCCGUCAAGGCCACAGAGUGCCUGCUCCCACAACUCAGCUAGUGGAGCAAUAGAUAUGAGAGCUCUUGCUGAGGACUUGGUCAGACAGGUGUCUGUCAAACUCAGCCCAUUUGUCUCUGAGAGUCAACUCUCCACCAUGUCCAUGACAGAUCUGUCAUCAUCUUUUUCUGACUCCACCUUGAAGCAGUUGUGUUCUCGCUCUGCUGUUGCUCUGGCAACUGCCUGUCAAGCAAUCAAAACAGAGCUCGAGAACCAGAGGCCUACCAACCUGGCAGCCAGAGACCUACUAUCGUCUCUGGUAGAGACCAUUGAGGACAUGGAUAUCUCUGACAUCCUCCAGGGCCCGUCGGCCAUUUUGGAGGAGGCUGCUGUGAUAAAGCACCCAGAGAUGUCCACCUCGACAAUAUACAGAUCUCUGCUUCUCGACUCAUCUCUCGCCUCCUCUAAGAUGGUCACUGAGAGCAUUAUCUUCAACAACCCAUGUCCAUCAGAGGAGAAUGUGAGUAUUCAGAAGGAGCUCCCUGCUGAUAAAGUUAACAUCCUCCAUGGUCAACCAGUGGAGGAGUAUAUUGUCAAAGCUGAGCAAUGCAUCAUUCAGGUCAUUCAGGAUGCAGCUGUGACAUAUACUGCUGCGCUGGAUAGAACCGACUCUUGUGGGAAACUGUCGGAAAUCCUAUCUGUCCAUGUUUCCUCAGAGAAUAUUGAGGAGGCAUCCUCUGAUCUCUUUGGUGGAAUUAUUUCCGACCUGCAUGAGGUAUCUAAGGUCAAUAAGGCCUCCAUGCGUACGAAAUCAGGUCGCAAAAUGUUUUGGGUGGAAGUGAGUUCAGGUUCCCAGAUGAUUUAUACCAAAACCCUGGACAAACUAAGGAAGCUGUUCACCUCCCACCAUCUCACUGAGGGAAAAAAUACUCCUGUGCAAAUCGAGCUCUCUGCAACUGGACUACUUGUAACUGAGGCCACUGUGGAGGAAUCUCCUCUCACCCUCGACACCUGCACUAAAGGGGUAAUCAAACAGGUGAUCUCGGUGCUGAGGGUGGACACUUCAAAGGAAGACUGCUCCGCUUCCGUUGGGGAGAGCACGUCAAAUUCAUCCUUCGACUUCAACCAGAAGUUGGACUCGAUAAUUUCGAAAUUGGAGGACCUCACCAUUUCGAGUGACGUGACGUCAGCCGAGAUUGCCACACUCACGCGAUCUCUUAGUGCAGCCAGCAGAACCUCUAACAUUUCCAUCCAGAGCUUUCACAGUGCUGAGUUCCGAGCUAAGGCCAAACACAUUGUGAGUGAGACCAUUCUCAGAGCUGCUAGCAAAGCCAGCCAUUCUUUGCUACAGAGCAUGCCUAGCACCACCUUCUCACACCAUGCGGUUUCUACAGCCGAAGAUAUAGUAAAUAUUAUCAUGCAAGACCUUGAAAGUGUAUCCCAGUACACUGUGGAUGACGCAGACUCCUUCCCACAAGGAGAGAAAAAGCUGGAGUCCCAGCUCAAACCCAGAGUUGUCUUUGACAACUUAUUGGAUGCUGCUCAAACCGUGUACCACAGAGUAAAGGAUAGACUGAACAUCUUUUUCUCUUUUCCACCAGUGUCAGUCACCACAGCCAAAUAUGUGCUGGACUCCACCCCUGUGGAGACACUCAGACGUUCUAAGUCCGCUGACACUGCUCUUGUUGAGGACAGGAGCCGCCCUCCGUCUGUGAGAAGUGAGAAGCCUUUGUCAAAAGUCUGUUUGGCUAAAAGGUCUAAAGCCCUUGUGUCUUCGAGUGGCUCUUCAACAGACCACCAUGUAAUUGACACAUGCAGUGAGGAUGUCACUCUGCCCACCAGGAGUAUGUCAGUUGUGAGCAACAACAGUUUGAAGAGAGCCUCUCCUCUCCACGGCAGUGGAUUGAGUGAAAGUUGCAAACCUCUUGUGGCUCUAAAAGACGUAACAGUGGCAGUCAGCCAAGAAGGCUUUAGCAAAACUGCAAAGAAGACGCUCAGCUUGAUCCUAAAUGUGAUCAAGUGUAGAGUGGCCAACUCUGAGAGUUCAUCUGUUGGGCAGAUUGCAAGUGAGGAGUGUCUGAUAGCCACUAACAUGUUAGACUCUGUACUGGAGAGCCUUGACCAGUUGCCUGACAUGAGCGCUGCCGAUGAGAUCACAAGGACAGAAUCCCAUACCUCUAUCGCAAUGGACGAGACAGGUUCACGGUCAACGCUUGUGAGCCAACAAGAAAUAAACAUAUCUGACACCAAUAUCAUAGUGAAAACUAUAAUGGACACAUUGAAGACGGACGACCCAGAGAUGACUUCAGCAGAAGAAAAUCUGGAUAGGCUCCUGUCAGUUGAAGCCCUUCAAGGUGCGUCUGGCAACCUGAUUGCAAAGGUCCAUGGUCUCAUUCAGGAGAUAACCAUAAACCGCCAGCUUCAAUCCAUGGUUGGCCACAGAAGCCUCUCUCAACCAGCGCUGCCUAAACCAGCCCUGAGGAAGCUGUCAAAGGACGAUGCCUCAGAGCUCAUUUACAACUUUGCCCAGACUUCUGUUAGGAGACUCCUGGGGCAGUGUAUGGGAAGGCCUAUGCCACCAUCGGCUGAAAUGGUUUUGGAUCAGGUCAUCAAGUUGAUGACAGACGUGGUGAUGGACAGCCUGACUUAUGUGUCCAAGUCUACAAUGGAGGAUGCUGACCUUAAUGCUACUGAGGAAUUCCCUGCCAGGAGCCUUAGCCCGGCUGAUGUAAAGGCUGACGGCAUGGCCCGCCUUCCCUCUGCCAGAGGGGAAGAGACUAAGAAGAACAGGAAGUGGCGUUUCCUACCGAAAAUGCAUAAGUUUCCAAAGAUCAUGAUUAAGCUGUUCAAGACAAAAGGGGAACCGAAGAGACACCCUAAACAGGAUGCACUGCCUACCAAACGUCUCAGAGAGACUCAUAUUUCACAGGAUGCUGAGUUUGAGGUUCCAGAGGUUCCAUCCCCUCCCCCUCCCAAGGAGGACCUGACAACCACACCGGCCCCUGCUCCCCAGGAGUCCCAGUCCCGUAAACGCCCACUCAUAGUCAGGGUGUUACACGCUCUCUCCAGAGCCAUCUCCAAACCAUUCAGAGGAGCUUCUGGGAAGAAGAAUUAG